GAACUCCCCCACUCCCUUUCUUCCUCUCUCUCUCUUUGUUUUGGCCAUGCCUGUGGCAUGUGGAAGUUUCCCAGGCCAGGGAUUGAACCCGGGCCAUACCAGUGACCCAGGCCGCUGUGGUGACAGUGCCGGAUCCACACGCCACAAGGGAACUCCCCGACUCUUCCCUACCACCUCCUUUUCUGUCUCCAAUCCCAUCUUCCCAUCAUCUCUGGGUCAGUAGCUCUCUUUCUGUCCCUGUCUCUCACUGUCUCUCACCCAUUCUUUUAUCUAUUUCUUUCUCAUUCAUCAACGUUCUUUCCACACCCCUGUCCUUUUUGCUAAGUAUUUCCCUGUGGGUCCCUCCUCCGCCCACCCCCAUACCCAGGUGGAAGUUUUCAGCCAAAUCAAAGGCAGGCAGGCCAGAAGAAGCCGAAAGGGACUCCUUCAGCACAUAGCGGGAGGGAGGCCGAGCGGGGGGAUGUCUGGAAAUCGUUACCCACCCCCUCACCACCCCCAUCCAUCGCCGAGGUGGGCUGAACUGGCAGAGGGAGGAGGUGGCCCAGAGCACUGGGACCCUAUAGAAAAGGGGGAUGUUUCUGGUGGAUUCCCUGAUGUUCUGGGUGACUCCGCCCUUCCUCACACUCUCUUCCUUUAUUUCUGGGUCUCUGUCCCCCUCUUUCUGUCCCCCCCGUCUCUGUCUCCCCUAUCCUUGGGGGGGGGUUCUCUGUAUCUCAAACUCUCUAUACUCUUGAGUUUCUAUUUUUCCCUGCCCUCCCCCUUCCUGCUGUCCUCUUCCUCUAGCCACCACCCCCCCACCCCGACCCCGUCUCGCUUUUUCUCUGAGUUUUUAUGCCUCUUUUGAGGUCUCUGCUCAUUCGUCUCUCAAAGUCCCAGUCCCUCAGUGCCUGGGUCUCUUUCUCUCUAGAGUGAGAUCUAGCCAUCCACAUGCCUGCAGGCCCUGCAAUUGGCUAGGCUCCGUGUGGGCGGGUUCUGUCACCCCGGGCAACGGCAACAACAAGCCGGCUCGUCCUAGGCUCUGGGGCGGGGCUGGGACUAUGGCAGGUCGGACCCUAGCUCUGCGCUAUGGUCCUCCGAGGUCCCCCGUCUCCGAGACCGAGGUGUCUGGAUCCUGGCCCAACUGGCAUCUCACCAGCAGUGGCAUCGCCCACCACUUCAUCCCGCCUGUGCCCUUUCCCCCACCCACUGUGCAGAGCACGGUCACAGAGCCCCUGCCCCCGGCCGCAAAACAGGAUUUGCAUAUCUGGGCUUUCGACGAGGUCAUCAGCAGAUGGGAGACAACCUCGGGCUCAGCUUACACGCCCAAGACCCUCGGCGGGCCCUACGCGCAGCCGAAGGCCCCAGAACCUGCGGACCCCACGCGGGCUGUGGGGAUCAAGGAUUUAGGGGAAAAACUCAGACACCAUGGCUGGCGCCUCCCUCGGAUCACAAAGCACCAGUGCAGUGAGGCCAGGGCGCAGUACACCGGCUGGCCCGGCCUGGACGGGCCUACAACCUUCCAUAUCGGGCCCCAGCCCCCGGAGCUUGCGGACCACCACCGCGGGGGCCCUUCCCAGGCUCUCAUCCCCUGGACGAAGAACCCCGAGCUGAGCGGCCGGCCUUUCGCAGUAUCUGACCAGGGCAUCCUGGACUGCCAUCAGCUCUAUAUGACCACUUCGGCCCGGGACUUCCGAACCUACUCGAAGAAGGAGUUGUCAGGAUACCCUCGCAAGGACUCGCUGACAUACUGGAGCUUGAAGGAGACGCCCCAGGCCUGGGGCCACGGCCCAAAGCAGCCGUCCUAUCCGUAUUCCUCUUGGCCACCCGGGCCGCCGAAAACCCGCGUGCCCCGCGCCCGCCCAGUGAUGCCCGUCGUGCCGCACCGCGGGGCGCAGUCUCUGGCUCAGGAAUCCUACGGCCCCCCGCUGCACCCACUCCGCCGGCUCGACCGUUUCUGCCCGCUGGAGCUCCCUUGGGGAGGCCCCCACUGGAAGCCCGUGUCAGGCAUUUACAGCGUGCCGCAAGCCUACGGCACCGAGAACUCCAACUACGGCAGCUUGAAGCCGGCGCUCGUCUGAGCGGGCGGGGCCGGCCGGGCCCCAUACCCGGCCCCAAGCGGAGGCGGAGCCGAGCCUGGCUCGCCGCUACUGGGGCCACACUGGGCGGGGUCAAGAUCGCGAACCCCGCCCUCCACGUGGGGAGGGGACAGCGUUCGGGACCCGCCCACUGAGCCCCUGGCCCACUCAGUUGCAGGGGCGGGACUGAACCUGGAACCUGUACUCUGGGGCUGUGGGGAUCAGGAGGGCCGCGCCCUCUGCGGCAGAGCUUAUCUUAGUGACUGAGUUAAAUACCCUAAACCACGCUCUUUGCUGGGUUUGGUUCAAGCAUCCGGGCUUUCGAGGGCUUGAGCGCGGGGGAGGUGGGGGUCUGGCCGAAUUCACCGUGGAGGCACGGCGCAUCUGGGCGCGGGUAGACCCCUCACCUCCGGGCACAGAAUCCAAUAAUGAAUACAGGCGCCUCCUAAGAGGUUAGACUCAGCCCAGGACGGGUGGAGCAGGGUAGAGGCUUCAGCCAAUCACCAUUCGAGGGUUGUCAGAGGGGCGCUGCUCCAGCCUCAGCCUCCCUCAGGAUGAGCAGAGGGGGAUCUGCAGAGCAAGGGGCGCAGCUGAGGGCUUUCUAUACCUUAUUUCUUGUGCCCCCAUCGCGAUCUCUUUAGCACCAGUCUGUGAAGUCACCCUCAACUUGGCCGUCUUCUGCUGCUUGGCGAGGGAGCGCUCAGGUGGGCGGAUGGGGUGCAUCGCUGAGCCACUGAUGCACCUCCCUGACCUUGCCUGCUUCUCAGCCCCCGGGGAAGAUUAGUGUCCAGGUUACCCCACUUCCAGUGGCCUUGCCGCCCCCACAGCCUGCAGGUAUAAGACCAGGUAAACACGGCUUGGAGACACCAAGGAUGGAGAUGCUCCAGGGACUGCUGUUGUGGCUGCUGCUGAGCGUGGCCGGGGUGUGGGCAUCCAGGGGGCCACUGCGGCCUCUGUGCCGGCCCAUCAACGCCACCCUGGCUGCUGAGAAUGAGGCUUGCCCUGUCUGCAUCACCUUUACCACCAGCAUCUGUGCCGGCUACUGUCCCAGCAUGGUGCGGGUGCUGCCGGCUGCCCUGCCACCCGUGCCCCAGCCGGUGUGCACCUACCGAGAGCUGAGCUUUGCCUCCAUCCGCCUCCCUGGCUGCCCGCCUGGCGUGGACCCAACGGUCUCCUUCCCCGUGGCUCUCAGCUGUCACUGCGGGCCCUGCCGCCUCAGCAGCUCUGACUGUGGGGGUCCCAGAGCCCAACCCUUGGCCUGUGACCGCCCCCUACUCCCAGGCCUCCUCUUCCUCUAAGGACUCCCGGCCUCAGCCUCCCAGGCCCACAGAUGCUCCCCCCCACCAAUAAAGGCUGCUCCACCUGCA